UUUGCUCUUCAACAACACGGUCCUUUUUAAAGUUCCGUAGACGAUGAGAGAAGGGGGGUUGUGAGGACACGGAAAAAGGGGGCAUUCUGAAUAUUUUAGUUGAUCGUAAGGCAUAAACGGAAUCUAAAGAAAUCUUGAAGGGUUAUAUUUUGGCUUUUUUUGUAUCUUUCUAACCGUUUCCUGGUUGGUGUUUAAUACGGGUAGGCAUUAGCUCGCGCCAUCAGGCUAACGGCGUUAGCAGCUAGCGACCAACCAAACGACAAAGGAAAUAUAGCCUGUCAACUCACAUUUCCAUAACGAUAUAUUUUAUACACGCUGCCUAUUUAGAUUUGGGCCUUAUUAUUAUUUACAAAUCACCAAGAAUAUCGAAAACGGCAGUCCCGAGCUGUUUGAAUAAACGCGAAAAAGAUCCACUAAAAUGGCGGAGCCGGACAAAUUAAACAUUGACUCCAUAAUACAGCGUCUCCUGGAAGUGAAAGGCUCUAGGCCAGGCAAGAAUGUACAGCUGACAGAGAAUGAAAUCCGUGGCCUCUGUCUCAAGUCUCGGGAAAUUUUCCUCAGCCAGCCAAUCCUGCUGGAGCUGGAAGCACCGCUCAAGAUUUGCGGUGAUGUUCAUGGUCAGUACUACGACCUCCUUCGUCUCUUUGAAUAUGGGGGCUUUCCUCCUGAGAGCAACUACUUGUUCCUGGGGGACUAUGUGGACAGAGGGAAGCAGUCUCUAGAGACCAUCUGCCUCCUGUUGGCCUACAAAGUCAAAUAUCCUGAGAACUUUUUCCUGCUGCGUGGCAACCAUGAGUGCGCCUCUAUCAACCGUAUAUAUGGCUUCUAUGAUGAGUGUAAGCGACGGUAUAAUAUUAAGCUGUGGAAGACCUUCACAGACUGUUUCAACUGUUUACCUGUGGCUGCCAUUGUAGACGAGAAGAUCUUCUGUUGCCAUGGAGGCCUCUCUCCAGAUCUGCAAUCAAUGGAGCAGGUGCGGCGUGUUAUGCGGCCCACGGAUGUGCCUGACCAGGGGCUGCUGUGUGACCUGCUUUGGGCUGAUCCAGACAAAGACGUGCUGGGCUGGGGAGAGAAUGACCGUGGUGUAUCCUUCACCUUCGGUGCAGAUGUGGUGGCCAAAUUCCUUCACAAACAUGACAUGGACCUAAUAUGCAGGGCACAUCAGGUGGUGGAGGACGGUUAUGAGUUUUUUGCUAAGAGACAGUUAGUCACUCUGUUCUCUGCUCCUAACUACUGUGGCGAGUUUGAUAAUGCUGGAGCCAUGAUGAGUGUAGAUGAAACACUCAUGUGUUCUUUCCAGAUCCUUAAACCAGCCGAUAAGAAGCUGUACUAUGGAGGAGGAGGUGGAAUGGGUUCGGGUCGUCCAGUAACCCCACCGCGAAAUUCAGCCAAGGGCGGAAAAGCCAAGAAAUAACACCUGCUAUAUAACCCCUCAACUUCCCCAAUUCCGAAAAUCUCUGUUCUUACACCACAAUCUUUCUCUACCUCCCUUCUUUCUUUCCGUCUCCAAACGGCUAUAAAGCAAAACAGUACCCAGGGUUGAAGUCCUUUUAUGGUCUUUCUUUUACUUUUCCUCAUGUAACUUUUCAAAGGUGUGUGUUUAUAUAUGAGACUGCUUGUGUGAGUGUCUGUUAUGUUUGUUACACUUUGUAUUUGUCUUUCCACCCAUCUCUCCCCUCCACCGCUCAUUGCACCGUCUCCCCACCUGUCUCUCUGUGAGGGAGCCUCCAAAGAAGCCUCCAUAUGAAUGCCCAGUCAGGCUCUGGGAAAGCGUGAGAUAGACAGAGGGGGUUGAGAGCAUUUAGUUUUUGAGAGGCAUGGGUGAGGCCCUCACUGUUUAUGUCCUGGCCCCUGAAUCAUUUAAGGCUAAACGCAGAACUGCACAUCCUCCAUUAGUUAGAGAGCCAGUCUGAGUGAAAUGUAAUGCAUUUAUUUACACGUGUACACACAUGCAGGGAGCAUGGAUGUGCAGAGAAAGUGUGAGGUAGAGAGAGACUGUCACAGGUGCAUAUUUUCCAUUUAGAGAUCCAGUGAUUUAAAAAAAAAAAAUCAUGUUGGAACUUUUUACUUUUUUUGUAGAUGGAACACAAAAGCUUUGAAAUUCUUUGCUUACUAUGUGUGUUUUUUUAGUGUCUUUUUUUGAAAGACAAUUGUCAAUAAAGAGAACUUUAUUUAAA